CUUAACUAUAUAACCAUCGAGACCAUUCUGUUUCAACAAUUUCUAAGAAUAUUUACUCGCACAAUAAAGUUUCAUUCUUUCGACCCCCGAUUGUUCGCAAUAUGUCAUCCGCAGAUGCCAGAGCUUUGCAGCUCCGACAGCUUCAUACCCCCGGCAAACCCAUCGUUUUUGCCAAUGUCUACGAUCCUGCGACAGCUAAAAUUGUUGCAUCCAACCCCUCCUCGGCAGCACUUGCUACUGCUAGCUUUGCAGUGGCUGCUGUCCACGGCCUAGAUGACGAUGAUAUGGACCUAGAGACCAACGUAGCCGCGGUGAAGCCCAUUGCAACAGUAGCAAUCAAGCACGGCAAGCCUCUGACCGUUGACUUACAAGACGGAUACGGCGACCGACUCGAAGAAGCCAUCGAACAGAUCAUCAUCGCCGGUGCUUCUGGCUGCAAUUUGGAAGAUAGAGAUAACACGACAGGCAAGCUCUUCCCGUUGGAUGUGGCAGUCGACCGAGUGCGCCGGACGUUGGCAGCCGCCGCGAAAGCCGGAGUGCCCAACUUCGUUCUCAAUGCUCGAACGGAUGCUGUUAUGGCCAACAAUGACAUUGAAGAUGCCAUUGUUCGCGGAAAGGCCUUUCUUGAGGCCGGCGCAACCACAGCCUUUGUUUGGGGCGGUCCUCGGCGCGGUUUGACUCGAGAUGAAGUUGUUAGAUUAUCGAGCGCUUUCGGCGGCAGGCUGAAUGUUAUUGCUGCUGAGAACGGACUGACGAUUCAAGAAUUAGCGGACAUUGGAGUAGCAAGGAUAAGCGUUGGCCCUCGUUUGUGGAGAAAAGCAACAGCAGCAUUUACAGAAUCAGCAAAUGAGCUUUUAUGCCAGUACCAGGCCAUGAAGUCGCAUGCGGAGUAAACCUAGAAAUUUAUCUGCAUCCCACAAAUACCUUGGACUUGCAUGCAUCGAUUUAUUUAAGAACAGCAAUAAAACAGGUCCUUGAUCCGUAUCUAUCUUCUUUUAGCCCUCUAUCCUAUGGUCAACUAAAUACAUCUUGAACGGAUUAAUAUGCCUUUCAAUCUUCUCGAUAGACCUGGUGUAGCACUUUUGGGGAACAUUUAUUUUCAUCUGAAACUAAAGACCAAGAGGUUAUACUGCAAGUAGUUUUCAAUCUAUAGGACUUUGGAAAAGUG